AUGUCAAAAUUAGAACCUAGAGGAGCUGGCCUGCAUUUCUUGGAUCUUCACCCCUUUGUGCGCUCUGUUGUCCAGGAUAAGAUUAGAGGUACGAUUGUAGGAUCUGCCUUGGGAGAUUGUAUUGGAUUGUAUACAGAAUUCCUAUCAAGCAAGAUUGCGCACGACUCAUACCCAGAAGGAAAAUUUCAACUGGUCCACCCUGCUACUGCGUUUCGAUAUGAUAGUCAUAGAAAUAAGUUUGACAUGGGCUCGUGGACGGAUGACACCGAUCAUGCCCUGCUAAUUCUUCUCUCAUACCUUCACCAUGACGGCGAAAAACUCUCACCGCAGGAUCUAGCAGAACGGUUGCGGAUAUGGGUGGAGCAGGGACUUCGAGCGCUAAAUAGGCCACCACUUGGCCUUGGGAAAACGGUUGGCUCGGUUGUACUUGAUAAAGAAUAUCUCGCAGAUCCAGUUGCGACUGCUCACAAACAAUGGGUUAAUUCUGGUAGAAAGAUGGCGCCAAAUGGUUCGUUGAUGCGAACUCAUCCAGUGGGGAUCGUAUGCCUUGGCCACGACCUGGAGAAAACCUUCCAAAUUACUACUGCCGUCUCUGUUAUAACCCACGCAGAUCCAAGAUGUGUUGUCUCAUGUUGUGUGGCGACAGGGUUGGUUCGUGGGAUGUUGAGAGGCGAUAUACUCAAUGAAACCGACGUUGAUGGUCUAAUUGAUGAUGCGUACCACUGGGUGGAUGCAUGGAUAAGACAUGGCCGAGUAGACGAUGGAACUAUCGUGAGAGAUCCAUUGCUUGAAUUUGAGCAAGGCGAGCUGUUGGAUCUCGAGGAGUUUAACAAACACGUUCGAGCAAAAACAUUCCAAGAACUUGAACUAGACGACUCCAUGAAAAUGGGGUAUGUCUAUAAGUGUCUUGGAGCCGCAAUUUUGAGCCUACGAAUGGGAAUUCGCCAAGCACCAUAUGAGAUGUCUGCAGACUUUACCACGACCCCUUCGUCAAGUACAGUAUUUGAAAAAAUCAUCACCGAGCUUACAUUUGCAGCCGGAGACGCGGAUACUAAUGCUUGUGUGGCGGGCGCAUUGCUUGGUUGCUGGUUCGGGUAUAAUUCUCUUCCAGCCCAUUGGCGAGAUGGCAUGCGGGACCUUGACUGGUUAAUCCAGAAAUGCAAAGGAACAAUUUACAUCCUCCAGAAAGCUAGUGGGCAUUCAUCGGGCUACAGGGGCAGCGAUGAUCCAGAUACCCGCCCGGACGGCGGAAAAGGGCUCAUGAAUCAACAAGAACUGGAAAAGCGAGAUAGUGAUUUCAUGAUGAAAUACAUGCUGAAGCAUGCAGAGGGCGUGGAGCAGGAGAAAAAGAGACAGAAACAAAACAAAAAGAACAAUAAGCUUUGGACUGGGAUAUUUGGGUGA